AUGGCCGCACCGGAGCCGCUGCGGCCGCGCCUGUGCCGCCUGGUGCGCGGCGAGCACGGCUACGGCUUCCACCUGCACGGGGAGAAGGGCCGCCGCGGGCAGUUCAUCCGGCGCGUCGAGCCCGGCUCCCCGGCCGAGGCGGCCGCGCUGCGCGCCGGAGACCGGCUGGUCGAGGUCAACGGCGUCAACGUGGAGGGCGAGACGCACCACCAGGUGGUGCAGAGGAUCAAGGCCGUGGAGGGGCAGACGUGCCUGCUGGUGGUGGACAAGGAGACGGACGAGGAGCUCCGCCGGCGGCAGCUGACCUGCACCGAGGAGAUGGCCCGGCGAGGGCUGCCGCCGGCCCACGACCCCUGGGAGCCGAAGCCAGACUGGGCGCAAGCGGGCAGCCUCAGCUCUGAGGCCGCCCAGGAGGAUGCCAACGGGCCCCUGAGGGAGCUGCGCCCAAGGCUCUGCCACCUGCGGAAGGGCCCCCAGGGCUAUGGGUUUAACCUGCACAGUGACAAGUCCCGGCCCGGACAGUACAUCCGCUCGGUGGACCCCGGCUCCCCCGCCGCCCACUCUGGCCUCCGUGCCCAGGACCGACUCAUAGAGGUGAACGGGCAGAAUGUGGAGGGGCUGCGCCAUGCAGAGGUGGUCGCCAGCAUCAAGGCACGGGAGGACGAGGCCCAGCUGCUGGUGGUGGACCCCGAGACGGAUGAACACUUCAAGCGGCUGAGGGUCACACCCACCGAGGAGCAUGUGGAAGGCCCACUGCCAUCGCCGGUCACCAACGGGACCAGCUCAGCCCAGCUCAAUGGUGGCUCCGUGUGCUCGUCCCGAAGCGACCUGCCCGGCUUAGACAAGGACACUGAGGACGGCAGCACAUGGAAGCGAGACCCUUUUCAGGAGAGCGGCCUUCACCUGAGCCCCACGGCAGCCGAGGCCAAGGAGAAGGCGAGAGCCACCAGGGUCAACAAGCGCGCACCACAGAUGGACUGGAACCGGAAGCGCGAGAUCUUCAGCAACUUCUGA